AUGUGGUCCUGAUCUCGGUGAACGGUAAUUUGUUCGGGCCGGCCGUUACGGCCUCCCUUGCCGAAGCGGGACAGCCGGGUACGAAUACGGCGGAGAUGUCAGCUCCAUUGGAGGACCCGACAGCAAAGCCGACCUUAGAAAUUUUGGAAGGCUGCCUCCGCUCGCUGCCUAAGUUGGUGGGGCAGCUUAAUCUUGAAGAAGAUGUUGUGAAAAUUAACAUCGACUGGAGCAAGUUUCAACAUACAUCAGCACUCCAGCCCGUGUUGCUCUUUAGUGCUCUGCAGCAGCAUAUUUUAGAUUUGCAGCCAUUUAUAGAAAAACUCCAGUCUUUGAUUAAAGAAAAAAGCACUGUGCCCACUGAUGAUUCUAGUAAGACAGAAGGCAGAAAGUGUGAGACUAAUUCAAGUGUAAUAGAGAGAGACGGGCAGAUGGAAGUGAAAGAUACAGGCUGUGGGUCUGCAAGCCCAAAAAAGAUGUAUGCUGAUUUCGAUCCAGAAGUGGUCCAGAUAAAAGCUAGGAAAGCUGAAAUUGACAGACGAAUAUCAGCCUUCAUUGAAAGGAAACAAGCUGAGAUCAAUGAAAAUAACGUCAGAGAAUUUUGCAAUGUUAUUGAUUGUAAUCAAGAAAACAGCUGUGCUAGAACUGAUGCGGUGUUCACACCUUAUCCAGGAUUCAAAAGUCAUAUAAAAGUUUCUCGAGUUGUAAAUACCUAUGGCCCUCAAACUAGAAAUGAAGGUGCUCAUGGGUCCAGUCAUAAAGCUAACACCCUCCUUCGUGAUUGUGGGAAUCAAGCUAUAGAAGAGCGACUACAAAAUAUUGAAGCUCAUUUAAGGUUACAUACAGGUGGACCCGUGCCAAAAGACAUCUAUCAAAGAAUUAAAAAGCUUGAAGAUAAGAUUCUUGAAUUGGAAGGGAUGUCACCUGAAUAUUUUCAGUCUGUUAAUUUGUCGGGCAAAAGAAGGAAAAGCCAACCAAAUCAAAACUAUUCUUUGGUUGAACUUGAUGAGAAGAUCAAUGCACUUAAACAAACAUUACUAAGAAAAACAAAUGAAGAGAGGCCCAAGGUGGUUGAUCAGCUUCUCUAAGACCGAUGUGAUUUCAUCGUGCUUUCAUGUGUGCUUCAUUCUUAUAAGACAGUCUGAGGACUGUCUAUCUAGGCACUGUAGAAAAGAAACUAAACAAGUCACACAAACUUGUCUAAUUGAUGCUGGAAACCUAGAUCAAGUAAACUUCUUCAGAAUGAAGAGUGCUUUGGGAGUAACAUUAUGACUAUCUCAUCCCUUCUGUUGAAAAGGAAGAUCAGCAGAACUGUUCAUAACUGGAAGGAAUACUUCAGUUUCACUCUGUAAAAAUAAUAGUACGUUUUAUAUGUAAUGUCUGUGGAUCAGAAGAGUGUCUUUGUGACUAUUGUUCUAUCCAAAGACUAUAUAAUAUGAAAUGUGAUUUGUUCAUGUGACUUGUAUAGCUUUGUGAAAUAAAUGGAAGAGAAUGAUAGAACUUAACAAUAACUGUGAAAU